UCGGAGGAAGCAAGUAGCUUAGGACUCUCUCUCUCUAAGAUCUCUUUCCAACCUCUCAUUUCUCUGCCCGUCGCCAUUUCUGGAGCAGGUUUUUUUUAUUAUUAUUUGGCAGGAUUGUCCUUUGAGGGCUUGGCGCCUCCUGGAUUGUUUCUUCCCUUCUGUAGUUUUUAUUUUUGGAGGGUCUCUCUUUUUGUCUUUUCUUUUUUGUUUGCAGGAGGGGUGGUUGGGUGUAUUUAUUUUUGCUCUAAGGUGGGGAGCAGGGGGCUGAGCUUGGAGGAGAUGAGAGCCCAGGCACGGGAUGCCUGCAGCAAUCAGAGAGGAGGCUCAGAGGAUCUCCUGCUGACUUGAGAGAGGCGCGCGCACACAUAUACACACACACACACAGAGGCAGAUUGCUGAGGAAUUUAAGGGGGGGCGGAAAAACCCUACCAGAAGAACUCGUGGAGCCAUGAGCAGCGCUGUGUUGCUGACUCACCUUCCAGACCCCAGCAGCAGCUUCAGGGAAGACGCCCCCCGCCCACCUGUGCCAGGCGAGGAAGGAGAGACACCAUGCCAACAGCCUGCAAGCUCGUUUGUCAUGAAAAGCCAAAGCUUCAAGGCCAUGUCAAUUUCUUCCAACCCAAGGAGGAAUGAGGAUGGUCUUGGAGAGCCAGAAGGCAGUGCAUCUCCAGACUCCCCUCUGGCAAGAUGGACCAAAUCCCUGCAUUCCUUAUUGGGGGAUCAAGAUGGUGCCUGUCUCUUUCGGACCUUCCUGGAAAGAGAGAAAUGUGUGGAUACCUUAGACUUCUGGUUUGCCUGCAAUGGCUUCAGGCAGAUGGACCUUAAGGAUACCAAAACUUUAAGAGUAGCCAAAGCUAUAUACAAAAGGUACAUUGAAAACAACAGCAUUGUCUCCAAGCAGCUCAAGCCUGCCACUAAGACCUAUAUAAGAGAUAGUAUCAAGAAGCAGCAGAUCGAUUCUAUAAUGUUUGAUCAGGCACAGACUGAAAUUCAGACUGUGAUGGAGGAAAAUGCUUACCAGAUGUUUUUAACUUCUGAUAUAUACCUCGAAUAUGUAAGGAGUGGGGGAGAGAAUCCUGCUUAUAUUAACAGCAAUGGACUGGGGACCUUAAAAGUUGUCUGUGGCUAUCUCCCAACCUUGAAUGAAGAAGAAGAAUGGAGCUGUGUGGACUUUAAAAACAAAAUCUUGCCUUCUGUAGUUGGGCUAUCCAGCAAGACUUUGAGGGUUACAGCAAAUGUCAGAGCUACAGAAACGGCUGAGAAUGGAUACAGGUCAUUCAAGAGGAACGAUCCUAUUAACCCAUACCAUGUGAAUUCGGGCUAUGUUUUUGCCCCAGGAACUAGCGCAAAUGAUAGCGAAAUAUCUAGUGAUGCCCUGACUGAUGAUUCCAUGUCAAUGACGGACAGUAGUGUAGAUGGAAUCCCUCCUUAUAGACUUGGGAGCAAGAAGCAGCUCCAGAGGGAAAUGCAUCGUAGCGUUAAGGCCAAUGGUCAAGUUUCUCUACCUCAUUUUCCGAGAACCCACCGUCUUCCCAAGGAAAUGACCCCUGUGGAACCAGCUACCUUUGCUGCUGAACUGAUAUCCCGGUUGGAAAAGCUGAAGCAAGAGCAAGAAAUGAUGGAUAGUCUGGAGGAGAGGCUACAGCAAAUCAAAGAGGAAGAAGAGAAGGAGGGAUCAGAGCUACCUGCAAACACGCAGACCAAUCGGGAGGCAGCAACCACUCAGCAUCAGCAGCACCCACUCAGUCUCCUGCCAUCCGGCAGCUACGAGGAGGACCCGCAGGCGAUCCUGGAUGACCAUCUAUCGCGUGUGCUGAAGACUCCCGGCUGCCAGUCACCUGGCAUGGGACGGCACAGCCCCCGCUCCCACUCCCCGGACCGCCUCCCAGGGGGCAAGCCACAACCAAGCAUGGUAUCACCAGCUGCCUGCACCCUCAUCAGUAAGGGAUUUAUCACCAAGCAGACCACCAAGCACGUCCACCACCACUACAUCCACCACCACACCAUCCCCAAGACUAAAGAGCAGAUAGAAGCCGAGGCAGCACAGCGGGUCCAGUGCUUCUGUCCUGGGGGCAGCGACUCCAACUGCUAUUCAAAAUGCAAGAGCCACUCAAAAGGGACGGAGCUUCUGCUGGAGCAGUUUGGCAAAACCGGCACGCUGACGAAGAGGAACAGCAAAGGAACGGAUGGCGUCGCCCUGCCGGCUGGGGAAGCAGGGCUAUCCGCAGUGCCCGGGCUCCAGCUACCUGGGGGCGAGGCGGAUCGGUCACAGAACGUCUGGCAGUGGAUGCUGGAGAGCGAGAGACAAAAUAAGCACAAGCCUCAUAGCACACAGAGCACAAAGAAGGCCUACAAUUUGGAGUCCACCAAAGGGAUCCCUGGUGAGCGCCCGGCCCGCCACCACCUGUGGGGGAACAACAAUCACCCACGCGGGGCACAGCCUGCCCACCCAUUCGUCCAGGAUCCCACCAUGCCCCCGCUGACCCCACCCAACACCCUCGCCCAGCUGGAGGAAGCCUGCCGCAGGCUAGCGGAAGUGUCCAAGCCUCCGAAACAAAGAUGUUCAACCUCAAAUCAGCAGAGGGAUCGAAACCACUCAUCUUCUGUUCAGGGGGGAAAUGCCCCUUUUUGCAAUGCAAGUCUAACUACAGAAGAUCACAAAGAACCAAAGAAACUCCCAGUGGUUCAUGCCUCCCAGUCCAGCGAGUUGGUUGUCACUUAUUUUUUCUGUGGAGAAGAAAUACCCUAUAGGAGGAUGUUAAAGGCCCAGAGCCUGACACUUGGGCACUUUAAAGAGCAGCUGAGCAAAAAGGGAAAUUAUAGGUAUUAUUUCAAAAAAGCAAGCGAUGAAUUUGACUGUGGUGCAGUUUUUGAAGAAAUUUGGGAAGACGACACAAUUCUGCCCAUGUAUGAAGGAAGGAUUCUUGGAAAAGUAGAGAGGAUUGAUUGAUGGUAUCUGUGUUUCUUUAAUGCAACCUAAGCUAAAGAUGUCUUUGGACACACAACAAUAGCAGCAACAACAACAAAAAAAACUUUGAAGGAAAGUUUUGAACCAAUGAAGAAGAAAAUGAGGCCUAUGAAGACUUUGCCAAAUUAGCCUUAGAGAAAAAAAAUGGCAUUUAUUAUUCAUGAGUUGGGUACUGAGAUGAUAAACAACAACCCUGAACUAUUUAUUAAAAACAUGACCACUGUUGGGCUAUUGAAGAUGCAGACCAUGUUUGAGAGACUUCCAUACAUAAUAUAUGACUUCCUGGGGAUCUGAAAUCUAUGGACUAAGAGAAACUGUGUAUAUCUUACCUUACCAGUAAUCCUUAUUGAUAUUUAUUGAACAGUCUGUUUUCCCUUAAGUCCAGUUUAUGGAUAUGCUGCUUUAACAAUGGUGAAAAGAGGGGGAUGUGGGGGGAGUGAGGGAAAGAGUUGAAGGGGUUAUUUUUUAUGUCCCACAAGCUACAACUUGGGAGUUCUGCUCUAGGAGUGCAUUAAUAAUUUCUACCACUUUAAAGGGAUUGGGGUGGGGGUGGGGAAUUAUGCUGUGCCCAAUAUUUCUCCAAAUGAAGAUAAAAUUCUUUUCUAAUGAAAUAAUUUUUAAAAAUUGUCCUGCCAUUCACUCAUUUAGAGACUGGUGCAUUAUAAUCUAAGCUGCUCUAAUUUGUAAUAAAGGUCUUUAAGUGUUUAAAUGUGUUAGAUGCAAUAUAGUAACAGCAAUUGGUUUCUGUCCCUGGGUGGUGAGGUUUUUUUCUUUUUGUUGCUCUCAUUGUGUGGGACUCCAUGUUAUGUCCAGUGCCUGUCUUUCACAAGGCAGACUAGCAAAUCCCAAACCAAGGAGGAGAGCUGUUAGAGAAGCCAGACAGUUUUCAUUUACAUGUUAACACACCAAAAGGACACAUUGCAAAAGCUAGGUUAAAACCCAGAUGUGUAUUCCACAUAGCUAGCUGUCUUUUUAUUUUUUGGUAAUUCUAUUCCAGUGUUAGCACAUCUUGUAUUUAAACUACAUUCAUAUACGACAGGGUGAAUUUUCCGAUGCAUUUUUUUAAUCUUACCUAAAUGACACCCAUUCAAGCCAAUGGGAGUUGUGGGCUAAGCUCCUUGCAACACUUUGAAAAGCUUCCUCGUGUGAGUGUGUGUGCGUGCGUGCAUAAGUGGGUGUGUGCGUUGGGACAAAGCAACCCUUUUCCAAGAAAGACCUUGCAUUUCUACAUUUGGGUUUUGUGUUGAUUAACUUAAUCUGUGCAUUCUGUUUGCCAUUGCUACUUUGUAUAAUACGUCUGUAUAUAUUGUAGAAAAUGUAUGGUGGAAAAAAUAAUAAUACACUAUCUCUAGUGUUUUAAAAUGUAUUCAGUACAGUACCUGUGCCUGCAUGGUGUUACUUUGCCAUGUGUUGCCCUAUAUUCAGGGUUCAAGCUUUCCCUUGUUUGUUUAAGGGGUUUAUGUAUAAAUAUAUUUUAUGCCUUUUAUUACAAGUCCUGUACUCAUGACUUUUGCCAUGGCAUUUUGUUCUACUUAUACUGUAAAUUAUGCAUUAUAAAGAGUUUCAUUUAAAGAAAAUUACUUGGUACAAUAAUUAUUGUAAUUAAGAGAUGUAGCCUUUAUUAAAAUUUUAUAUUUUUCAAGUUAA